AUGUAUUGUUCUAUUUGUAAAACUUUUGAUGUCACAAUGCACGGUUAUGGCUAUUCGCUCAGCAAUGGAGUUGUGGUAUGCAAUUCUUGUUAUGGGGAAUUCAACAACAUGAUGAACUUGAUGAACAAAAUCAAUAAUUCAGGAACCAUAGGCUAUCCAGACAAUUGGGGUAGGGACAAUGCUACCAAAUGGAUCAUGGAAGUAGCACGAGUGAAAUCGGAAGGGGAACGAUUAAAAGAGAAAGCAAUAAAACAGACGAAAGAGGAAAUGAAACCAAGAGAAGAAAGGUGGAUAAAUUAUCUUGGUGGAUUAGCUACUGCACUUACGGAGAAAAUUCAUUCAGAUAUUCAAGUCAAGCCUGGAGAUGGACCUUCUGUACCUGCACAUAAAUUUUUGUUGGCAACUAGAUCUGAAGUCUUCAAACAUAUGUUAUCAUCAGACACAUGCAAAUCUUCCCAAAUUGACUCUGUAUGUCUCCCUGAGUUCAAUCAUGAACAGCUUCAGACCUUCUUGGAGUUGCUUUACUGUGGAAAUUUGGCUAAGGAAAAGUUUGAGAUGCAUUAUUACUGUCUAGCACUUGCAUCUCAUAAGUACGCAAUUCCACAUUUGGAGAAGUUUUGCGAAGAACACAUACUAAAAUUGAUAGAUUCGUCAAAUGCACUCAAAGUGCUGGAGAUCUCAGAAAUUUGUGCAAAUGAGACAUUAAGAGUCGCUGCCUUGGAGUCGAUAAUCAACCACAGAAAGAAGAUAAUAUGUGCACCUAGUUUUGAGGAAUUUGCAAUAAAAAACCCACAUUUGGUGGGUAGGGACAGUGCUAAUCGCUGGAUCAUAGAAGCGAAUGGGCAAGCAGCACGACUGAAAUCGGAAGUGGAAGUGGAACUAUCAAGACAGUAA